AUGGCCCACCGUUUAAAGUCACUGGGAAUCAAACCCGAGUUUUCUACUCCAUUAUGGCCUCAAGGCAAUGCCCAAGUUGAGAGAUUUAUGCAACCCCUUGGAAAAGCACUCAAAACAGCCAAAAUCGAAGGUCGCCCAUGGAAGCAAGAGCUCAAUAGAUUCUUGCUACAGUAUAGGACGACACCACAAAGUCCUACCGGUGUUCCUCCGGCUGAACUACUCUUCAAUCAGACGGUACAAGGCAAGUUACCCAUUCUUCACAGGACGAACAUUGUGAACCGACCUAAGGAAGCUCGUGAAAAUGAAAACAAGCGACAGAAGUAUAACGAAAGAUAUGCAAACGAAAGGAGGAAUGCAAAGGAAAGUGGAAUCAAAGAGGGAGACUGUGUGUUGGUGAAACAACCUAAGGCAAAUAAACUAACGCCAAAUUUCAAUCAAACAUCUUAUGUUGUUAUUUAUCGGAACAAAACAGUAGUUAGAGAUAGAAAUAAAGAUGGACAUGAAAUAGAACGAAAUGUUUCACAUUUUAAAAAGAUACCCAAACCCAGCAAAGAUAAUGAAGAUAAGUCAGAGAAAACCGACGAUUUCAGUACAGAGAGUAACAAUCGGCGUACUCCAGAGGAAACAGUACAGUUUAACAUGAACAACCGUAAUAACAACAAUUAUGGUAACGGUAUGAAUGAGCACCCUCGACGGUCCACGAGAGUAAGAAAGCGACCCGAAAGAUACGGACAAACAUUACCGUCUAACAUUGUUACGUGACUUUUAUUAAAGUAAUAACUAUAGAUAAAUUAGUAUUAAUUUGUGAUAUGGACACAAUUUAUAUUUGAACAGUUAAAACAUUUAUGUUUUGUUAAAACAAAGGGAAUGGUGUAGUGAUGUCAUAGACUUGAGUGACAGAUAUAGUCAUGUGACCGGAGAGCACAUGGAAUCAUUAGGAUUAGUAUUUUGUAGCGUGCAGUUGAUAUUAGAAAUAAACUAUGUAAAAGAGAAUACAAAUAUUAUAAGGACAACGAUCCUGGCAGUGACGACAAGGUUCCUGGCGGUCAGGACAAGGUUCCUGGGGGUGAAGACAAGGUUCCUGGCGGUGAGGACAAGGUUCCUGGCGGUGACGACAUUGUUCCUGGCAGUGAGGACAAGGUUCCUGGCGGUGACGACAUGGUUCCGGGCGGUGAGGACAAGGUUGCUGGCGGUCAGGACAAGGUUCCUGGCAUUCACAAAUAGUUUCCUGGCGGUGAGGAGAAGGUUGCUGGCGGUGAGGACAAGGUUCCUGGCGGUAAGAACAAGGUUCCUGGUGGUGAGAACAAGGUUCCUGGCAGUAAGGACAAGGUUCAUGGCGGUGAGAACAAGGUUCCUGGCAGUGAGGACAAGUUUCCUGGCGGUGAGGACAAGGUUCCUGGCGGUGAGUACAAGGUUCCUGGCGGUGGCGACAAGGUUCCUGGCGGUGAGGACAAGGUUCCUGGCGGUGAGGACAAGGUUCCUGGCGGUCAGGACAAGGUUCAUGGCAGUGAGGACAACGUUCCUGGCGGUGAGAACAAGGUUCCUGGCGGUGAGGACAAGCUUCCUGGCGGUGAAGACAAGGCUCCUGGCUGUGAGGACAAGGUCUCUGGCGGUGAGGACAAGGUUCCUGGCGGUGAGGACAAGGUUCCUGGCAGUGAGGACAAGGUUCCUGCCCUAGCGGUGAGCACAAGGUUCCUGCCGGUAAGGAGAAGGUUCCUGGCAGUCAGGAGAAGGUUCCCGGCGGUGAGGACAAGGUUGCUGGGGGUGAGGACAAGGUUCCUGGCGGUGAGGAUAAGGUUCCUGGCGGUCAGGAAAAGGUUGCAAGCGGUGACGAAAAGUUCCUCGCAGUGAGGACAAGGUUCCUGGCGGUGAGGACAAGGUUCCUGGCAGUGAGGACAAGGUGCCUGGCGGUGAGGACAAGGUUCCUGAUGGUGACGACAUUGUUCCUGCCGUGGAGGACAAGGUUCCUGUCGGUGAGGACAAGGCUCCUGGCGGUGAGGACAAGGUUCUUGGCGGUGACGACAUUGUUCCUGGCGGUGAGGACAAGGUUCCUGGCAGUGAGGACGAGGUUCUUGGCGGUGAGGACAAGGUGCCUGGCGGUGAGGAGAAGGUUCCUGAUGGUGACGACAUUGUUUCUGCUGUGGAGGACAAUGUUCCUGUCGGUGAGGAUAAGGCUCCUGGCGGUGAGGACAAGGUUCUUGGCGGUGACGACAUUAUUCCUGGCGGUGAGAAUAAGGUUCCUGGCGGUGAGGACAAGGUUCCUGGCGGUGAGCACAAGGUUCCUGGCGGUGAGCACAAGGUUUCUGGCGGUGACGACAAGGUUCCUGGCGGUAAGGACAAGGUUCCUGGCGGUGAGGACAAGGUUCCUGGCUGUCAGGUCAAGGUUUCUGGCGGUGAGGACAAGGUUCCUGGCGGUCAGAACAAGGUUCCUGGCGGUGAGAACAAGGUUCCUGGCGGUUGGGACAAGGUUCCCGGCGGUGAAGACAAGGUUUCUGCCGGUGAGUACAAUGUUCCCGGCGGUGACGACAAGGUUACUGGCGGUGAGGACAAGGCUCCUGACGGUGACGACAAGGUUCCUAGCGGUGGGGACAAGGUUCCCGGCGGUGACGACAAGGUUGCUGGCGGUGAGGACAAGAUUCCUGGCGGUGAGGACAAUGUUCUUGGCUGUGAGGACAAGGAUUCUGGCGGUGAGUACAAUGUUCCCGGCAGUGACGACAAGGUUACUGGCGGUGAGGAGAAGGUUCCCGGUGGUGACGACAAGGUUCCUGGCGGUGAGGACAAGAUUCCUGGCGGUGAGGACAAUGUUCUUGGCUGUGAGGACAAGGAUUCUGGCAGUGAGUACAAUGUUCCCGGCGGUGACGAUAAGGUUAGUGGCGGUGAGGACAAGGUUCCUAGCGGUGACGGCAAGGUUCCUGGCGGUGAGGGCAAGAUUCCUGGCGGUGAGGACAAUGUUCUUGGCUGUGAGGACAAGGUUACAGGCGGUGAGUACAAUGUUCUCGGCGGUGACGACGAGGUUCCUGGCGGUGAGGACAAGGUUCCUGGCGGUGAGACAAGGUUCCUGGCGGUGAGGACCAGGUUCCUGGCGGGGCAUGUAGUAAAACACUGACUACCGGAACACCGGAACACCACCGGAACACCGGAACACCACCAUUUUGUUUGGGGUUAGGGUUUGGGGUUAGGGUUAGGGUUAGGGUUGGGGGUUAGGGUUGGGGUUAGGGUUAGGGUUAGGUGGUGUUCCGGUGUUCCCGUGGUGAUCCGGCGGUGUUCCGGUGGUGUUCCGGUGGUGUUCCGGUGUUCCGGUAGUCAGUGUUUUACUACAUGCCUCCUGGCGGUGAGGAGAAGGUUCCUGGCGGUGAGGAGAAGGUUCCUGGCCGUGAGGACAAGGUUCCUGGCGGUGAGGACAAGGUUCCUGGCGGUGAAGACAAGGUUCCUGGCGGUUAGGACAAGGUUCGUGGCGGUGAGGACAAGGUUCCUGGCGGUAACGACAAGGUUCCUGGCAGCGAGGACAAGGUUCGUGGCGGUGAGGGCAAGGUUCCUGGCGGUAAGGACAAUGUUGCUGGCGGUGAGGGCAAGGUUCCUGGCGGUGAGGACGAGAUCAUGGCGGUGAGGACAAGGUUUCUGGCAGUGAGGAGAGGGUUCCUGACAGUGAGGACAAGGUUCAUGGCGGUGAGGACAAGGUUCCUGGCAGUGAGAACAAGGUUCCUGGCGGUGAGGACAAGGUUCCUGGCGGUGAGGACAAGGUUCCUGGCGGUGAGGACAAGGUUUGAAUCAUGUUGUUGAUGAUUUGAGCGAAAAUGAUAUAAACAAAUCAUUUUCAACAUUUUAUAUUAAGUUAAAUACAGUUAUCAAAAAGCAUGCUCCCCUUGAGGAAAUUUCAAAGCGUAAAGCAAGGCAGUUGACAAGACCAUGGAUAAAUAAAGGUAUCAGGAAAUCAGUUAAAAUUAAGAAUAGGUUAUAUAAUCGCGGUGAUAAGGAUAAAUAUAAAUUCUAUAGAAACAAAAUUUUGACAUUUUCAUUCGUCAGAGUAAAAAGGAAUAUUAUCAUAGAUAUUUUGAGUACAACUUUGCAAACACUAAAAAGACCUGGGAAGGUAUAAACGAAUUAAUUAAUCGGAAGAAGCAGUCAACUAGACCUAUGCCGUCUUGAAAUGUCCCAUAAGCAACAGAAUGAUAUAUGACGAAAGUAAGUUUCCAAAUAUAUUCAAUAAAUAUUUUUCAUCAGUGGGUCAUAAUUUAGCGAGGUAUAUGCCAAAUUCACAAAUUCCAUUCACAAAUUAUCUUCCAAAGAUAAAUAACCGAGGAUCGUUUCAAUUUAAUCCUAUCAUGCCGCACGAGAUGGAAAUAGAAAUUAUGUUAAUUCCAAUGAAAAAGGCACAUGGCCUAUACUCAUGCCCAACUCGUAUUUUAAAAUGCGCUAGACACGUUUUAUCCAAUCCUUUAUCGGAUUUAAUGAAUAAAUCGGUUGAAUGCGGCCAAUAUCCAGCUAAAUUAAAACACUCAAAAGUUAUCCCUAUUUACAAAAGGACGAUGAAACCGAUCCUUCUAACUAUAGACCAAUAUCUCUUUUAUUAAUUUUUGACAAAAUUUUUGAACAAUUGAUGUAUAAUCGUUUAAAAUCUUUUCUUGAGAAACAAAAUAUCAUAUUUAAAUCUCAAUAUGGUUUUCGGGAAUAAUAUUCAACUCAGCAUGCAAUUUUAGAUAUAGUAUAUCAAAUUCAAUCUAACAUGUCACGUAAAUUGUUCACUUGUGGUAUUUUUAUUGAUUUGCAAAAGGCAUUUGACACCGUAAACUACUCAAUACUUUUAGAAAAACUGCAUAAUUAUGGAAUAAGAGGGAUUAUAAACGAUUGGUUUUCCUCUUAUCUGUUAGGUCGUAUCCAAACUAUUCAAAUGGGUGUCAAUAUAUCUGAAAAAGAAGAAAUCUUUGUGGCGUUCCUCAGGGAUCUGUCCUGGGACCGCUACUAUUUUUAAUUUAUAUAAAUGAUAUCUAUAACUCAUCUGAUAAACUGACGUUUUCCUUAUUUGCAGAUAACACCAAUUUACUAUAUGCUGACAAGAAUUUAAAAACACUAGAAAAUAUUGUCAAUACUGAACUUCUUAAUAUCUAUAACUGGUUAACAGCUAAUAAAUUAUCCCUAAACAUAAAAAAUCUAAUUUCAUUAUUUUUCAUUCUUACCAAAAAGGGCUGGAUUAUGCGGUAGAUUUGAAGAUGUAUGAUGCACAGUCCAAUACUUUCGUCUCACUAGCAACUAAAAAUUACAUUAAAUACCUCGGUGUUCUCAUGGACUCAAAUCUUUCAUGGAAAUUUCAUAUUGGGUACAUCGCCUCUAAUCUUAGCAAACGAAUUGGCAUAAUUGCUAGGCUGCGUCAUUUUGUACCAGUAAGUACUCUAAUAAGUAUCUAUAAGUCCCUUAUGCUGCCUUACCUAACUUAUGGUAUCGUUGUAUGGGGAUGUACUGCCAAAUGCUACAUUGAUAAAAUCCUUAAACUCCAAAAACGCGCUCUUCGUUUAAUAUAUUCUGCACACUAUCUUUCUCAAGCCAUUCCUUAUUUUCAGUCAGCUAAUGUUCUGCCAAUAAAUUUGCUUUAUUACAAGUCAGUAUCAAUACUAAUGCAUGACGUAUCAAGAACGGUAGUACCCCCAAAUAUUUUGGCUUUGUUUACCCCAUUAAGUCAGGUACACGAACACAACACCAGAUCUUCCACUAGCAAGAACUUCCACGUUGAAUAUUCAGGUUUAGACGUGCAAAGCAAAUCAUUCUUAAGAAUGGUAGGUAGAAUUUGGAAUAUUUGAAUGCUGUUCUUAGGGUUUGUAAUCCAAGUGAGUAUAUAUAUACAUUUUAAGACCUGACCAGGAACGACUGCGAAAAAUGCAGCACAAGGUCCUCUGGUAGGAAUUGAACCUACGGCCCUGCGAUUCCGGUGCAGCGCUCUAACCAACUGAGCUACAGCUGGCCUCUGUAGGUUCCUGGCGGUGAGGACAAGGUUCCUGGCGGUGAGGACAAGGUGCCUGGCGGUGAGGACAAGGUUCCUGGCGGUGACGCCAAGGUUCUUGGCGGUGAGGACAAGGUUCCUGGCGGUGAGGACAAGGUUCCUGGCGGUGAGGACAAGGUUCCUGGCGGUGAGGACAAGGUUCCUGGCAGUGAGGACAAGGUUCCUGGCGGUGAGGACAAGGUUUCUGGCGGUGAGGACAAGGUUCCUGGCGGUGAGGACACGCACUCAAACUUGUAAGUUAUGAUGAGAGGACUUAAACCGUAGAUACUGUACCAUGCAUUAAAUAUAGUCUUAAUUAACCUAUUAUUAUUUUAUUAUUUUAUGAGAAUCUAUUUUUGCGUGAAAUUGCUUUUUUAAGACACGUGAAACGUAAAACGGCUUUUGUUUUCGUUGUGAAAACCCUCGUGUUCCCACCCUCAAACAAGUCGAGACGAAGUCGUUAUCCUCGAAUGAAGUAUCAAGAGACAGAUCAAGAUAUGGUAGAACAAUAUAAAGAAACCUCGUAGAUAUGAACAAGUCACACUUAACAGAUAAGUAAAGCAUGUUAGGACUUAAGAAGAACUUAGUAGUUGUUAUAAGACUUCAAUUCUAAAGUUGACUUUAUCUCAUGACAGUAGACGGUGUUCAAACUGUUGAUUAA